GUAGGCGAUUUAUCUCAACCAAUUUCAUUAAAAAACCCAAAAUUUUUCUAUAAACCCUAAUCAUUCACCAUUGGAUUUCUAGCUCAAAUUCGACUUGAUAAAUUUCGGAUUCGUCAUAAUCAUCAUCUUGCGAGGACUGAAACUGCAUUCUACCGAUGGGAAAAACCAGUGCACGUGCCGAGGGGAAGUCGAGUGCAGAUCGCAAGUUCGAUAAGAAAUUGGAGUUUUACGAGAAGGUCAGAGCAGCAGUUACCAGCAAAGCUAUCAGCAAGGAGCAAAAGCAAAAGAAACGAAGCAGGCAAAAGAAACUAAAAGCAUAUGAUCUGACUUCCCUCACAGAGUGCCUCCCUGAGUUAAAAGCUCCCUCAGCAUCAGCACCAGUUGAGUUGAAACUUAAUUGCAAGAGGAGAAAUGACUUGGUGGUUAAAGAGAGUAAUAAGUUGAAGAUGGUUAUCAACCAUCCGGUUUACCAGUCGGAUCCUUUAGCUGCCAUUUAUCAACAUUUGCAGACGACACAGCCUGCCCCUGAUAAGAAGCCUAAGAAAAAGGAUGGUAAAGCUAGAAAAAGUAAGAUGAAAAAGAAGAAGUCUAAAGAUACAGAGUCUAUGGAUAUAUAAAUGCAAGGACUUGGAUUUCUUCAUUUCUGCUAUGGAUACCUUCUCGCACCAGUUUUUCAAACAGUUGUGCGUGUAGUUUCAAGGCAUGCAAGUCGUUCCUUCUGCUCCAUAACUUGGAGAUGUGAAGGUGUAACACUGAAUCUAUCAGUAAAUGGUGGGCAUGAACUAUUGGUUUAAAUUGCAUGGUAUGUGCAUAGUUAAGGCAGCCUAUUUUUAUAGGACUUUGCUGCAGGAGUUUUUUUUUGUGUGCCUGAAUAUAAGAAAUGUAUUGGGAUUCGUGAUUUCUUUUGAUUUCAUCAUGGUACCUCAAAUUCCUUGUUCAA